AUUCUGAGAUUGUUGCUGGAGGGUUUGGUUUUACCUGAAGAUGCCAGGCGCCCUCACCUUGGCCUCAUUUCCGGCCUCUUCUUCAAGCCAUGGGUGAAAGGUUGCUGUUGAGAGCCCUGCGGAGUGGAAAAUCAAGGACUGUCAUCCUGAGGGGGAAGAAACUUCAGUGCAUACCCCAGACAUUGGCAAAACUCAGUUUGCUCCGAGUAUUGGACCUGAGGGACAAUUUAAUCUCUCAUCUGGGCCCCGGAUUCAGCAGCUUGACUCAGUUGGCAGUACUAAAUCUCGGAAAUAAUAUCUUCAGAGAAGUUCCAAAAGAGCUGAAGUGUCUCAAAUCAUUGCAAAUUCUCCACUUGUUUGGAAAUAAGAUAACCACAAUUUCACCGGAAGUAUUUGAUGGCUUAGACAAUCUGAUCCUUCUUAAUCUGAACAACAACAAGCUUGCCUGUCUUCCUCCACAAGUUUGCAGAUUAAAGAACCUUAAAUUCAUGAGUUUAAACUAUAACCAGCUAGCCAGUAUUCCUAGAGAACUCUGUUCUCUGAAAAAAUUAUCUGAACUUCACGUUUUACACAAUCAGCUCACUGCCCUGCCUGAAGAGAUCAGAUUCUUGACAAAUCUUGGAAAACUCAUCUUGGCAAGAAAUCAGAUAAAAGAACUUCCAGAUGGACUCUGCAGAUUGAGAAAGUUAAAGAUUCUAGAUCUGGCCGGAAACCAAAUUCAUGUUUUUCCCUCAGCUAUGCAGGAACUUCAGCUGCAAGAACUCUACUGUGAAGAAAAUCCAUUGCUACAGAAAAGGCCUCUUUACGCCACACAAAUAGAAGAAGUUUGGACUCUGAAGGAAAUAACAGCAAGAUUUAUUAUGGAUCAGCUUGAUGAAAAUGAUUCUGUAAUAAAGAAUUCAAUAAAAUACUACCCAGAAGCAAGAAAUAUGCUUUCCCAAGGAAAAGAGUGUCCCGUAUGUGGGAAACAUUUCUUAAGCAUAUGGCUAGAGUGCGUUUAUUUUCAAACUCCAAAUCAGAAUAUGAAGAUAAGUAAAAAUGCAAACUGCUUACCUAUCAAAACAUUGCUUUGCUCAUACACCUGCUUUAAAAAUCGUGGCCCUGGAAUUUAUGGAAUCGUUUGACUCUAGAUCAAUCUCCUCAUUCAGGACAACAACCAACUUACCCUUUCGGCACCACUUAGGUUGACAGAUAUUCCAGCUCUAAUGCAGUGAGAUCUUCUCUAAAUAUAAAUGGGAAUCAUCAUUUGAACGAA